UAAAAUCACAACAUUCGCACAAUUAUGGUUCUUGUUCUUGAGGAAAAACAAUUCCUUUUACACCUAAAUGUUCUUAAUACUUCGGUUUAGUGCAUCCACUCUUGAAGUUUCGGCAGCAAUGGAUGCUUUACAAACUAGUGCUGAGAGCUAUCAUGAGCAACCUCAGUGGCGCAAAAAGGAAACCCAGAUUGAAAUUUGCUUUUCAUCAUCACGUGCCACGUGGCGCGUGGAUUACACAUGCUUAGGAGAGCGAAUGCGCCUAUCAAACCGCACAAAACUCGCGACGAUAUUUCCGAUUGUUGUUUUGAUUGUUCUUCUCAAAUUGUGUUAGGACUCCGUAGUUUUGCACUCUUCCUAACAAUCGUUGCGGUGUUUUGUCGAUUAAUUUUCCUGGAAUGUUGUCCUGUCUUUUGGUUUCUGAGUUUUGGGUCGUUUAAUCCAGAGUUGAUUUUGGUGUUCCUUGAAGAAGUUUCAGAAAAGAGAGGGGGGAAGAAAUAUGAUGAAUUCUUAUUCUUCUUCUUCAGCUACUGUCGCAGUGGAGAAGGCGACCAGCGAUCUUCUUGUGAGCCCUGAUUGGACCAUGAACAUCGAAAUUUGUGAUUCCAUCGAUUCUAAUCAUUGGCAGCCAAAAGAUGUUGUAAAAGCUGUAAAGAGGAGAUUACAACAUAGGAGCUCUAGAGUUCAAUUACUAGCUCUCACGCUGCUGGAGACAAUGGUAAAGAACUGUGGUGAUUUUGUGCAUUUUCAAAUUGUUGAGAGGAACAUACUGGAGGAGAUGAUCAAAAUCAUAAGGAAGAAGGAAGGUAUGCAAGUGAGGGAUAAAAUCUUAAUAUUGCUGGACUCAUGGCAAGAGGCAUUCGGGGGAUCAGGUGGUAAACAUCCUCAGUACUGUCGGGCAUGUAAGGAGUUAAAGCAAUAUGGAGUAGUUUUUCCAAAGCCCACACCGGAUGCAGCUGCAAUAUUUACUCCUCCUUCUACCCAUCCAACUUCAAGAAAUAUGCCAGCUGGAUAUUGGAUGGCAAGCAAUUCAUCAAAAACACUGGAUGAAACUAUGGCAACAGAGAUAGAAAGUUUAAGGUUAAUCUCGGCUUCCUUUUUUGACCCUUGCUUCCUCUGUCCAUCCUUUGUUAUGUCAAGCUUGGACUCCAUGCGAUAUGCUUUGGAUCUUUUGAGUGACAUGUUGCAGGCUGCAAAUCCUAGUGAUCGUGCAGCUGUAAAAGAAGAAGUAAUUAUUGAUCUUGUCGAUCGCUGUCGCACAAACCAGAAAAAGUUGAUGCAGAUGCUAACAACAACUGGUUACUACUAUUUCAGGCCUUCUAAGGCACAGCCAACGACUGAAAAUGCUACAACUGGUUCCAGCGAAAAUUCAGUGUCAAUUAACACUAACAGCAAAACUCCACAUCUUCCAAACUCCUCAACCUCUGUCCCAUCCAACGCAUUAGUUCUUUCUAACCCACCUGCCUCAGUUAGUACUGCAAAGGAUCAGGAGAUUAUUGAUUUACUGAGUAUCACUUUGUCCACGUCGCCAUCACUGCAGACAACAUACGCACCAUCAGCCUCUAGCCAAGGCAUGCAUCAGAUUCCUGUUCAGUCCAGAACAGAAGGGCUUUCUCAUGCUUCCCAAAAAUAUCUGGGAAAUUUUCCGUACAACAGUUACGUUGUCCCUUGGGCUCAGAAUCAAUCUCAGUCAGAAUUUCAAACCCUGCCUCAAGAACAAACGUAUCAAUGCCAAUCUCAAACCCCAUCCCCACCCUCCUCUCGACAUACACAUUAUGAAGCCCAACAACACCAUCAUCAACCCGCCCAACAGGAGCAAUUGCAAUCACAAACCCUACCAGAACCCCAACAUGUAUUUCAACAACCUCAAUAUCAUCAUCAAUAUAGCCCUCAUCAACAACAUUUGCAACCCCCUAGUGAACCGCAACCACUACAGUAUCAGCCACAGUACCAAACACCCGAACCCCGUUCACAGUGCCAUCCUCAACCCCAGCUACAGUAUCAGCCUCAAACCAUGCAUGGCCAUCAACCUCAGCCACAGCAACAAUUUCAGAAUCAACAUCUUCAAUACCCUUCAAGAUAUCCUCCCCCGCCAUGGGCAGCUACACCUGGAUAUGCCAACUAUCAAAAUCACUCGCCUGCUGCAAAUGUGAUUUCAACAGAAGCCAAUACAACAGUAUCUUAUUCUUCUGCUCCAGGGGUAAUGCCCGUGCUACACAAUAAUUCAUUCCCUGACAGAGUAGGUACCGGUGGAACUCCAGAGAGUGCAACAGGACAAAAGACUUUUGUUCCGUCUCACAGGUUAUUUGAAGAUUUGAAUGUUUUCGGAGACACAAAUGGAAAGGUUAAGAUGACCAGCAGCUGUGGUUCGUCAUCCAACUUGUCUGGGACAAUGGGACCUGGUAUGGUUGGGGGUCGUAAGUGAAAAUAUGGGACCGGCAGUAUUGGUUGCAGCUUGUGGAAGUUCUAGAUUGAUACAAGUGACUCUUCCUAUUUUAUGUGUAACAGACCAUAAGACGACAGACUUUGAACAUUAUUUGAUGUAAUAUUUUAGUUUUUGGUAGUGGUUCUCGUUCGUUCAUCGAUUGAUCGCUGACCACUAUAAAGGUACUUGAUAUUCAUAAACGUGUUCAAUGUCCUUAAUUGUUGACAACAUACGCCCUUGUAAAAUAUCCCGUGAAGGGAGC